AUGGCAUCUAACGACACAAACACAACGCAAUUUAAUGAUACAAACAACUUUGAUAAAAGUCAUGCUCCAAACUCUGUCAUACAUUAUUCAAUAACUGCUGCUGUUGCCAUGGGCCUCUGUCUGAUUGGAAUAGUGGGAAAUAUAAUAGUGUUCUGGUACCUUUUCUUCAGGAUCCCACGGACCAAAUACACUGUUUACAUUAUUAACUUAGCUGCAGCUGACCUGCUGUUACUAACAUUUGCUGCUAUUUUAAUGAUGGUCAAUAUAAACACAUUAGUUGGUAGCAAUCCUGAUUUUGAAGGCAUUGUUGUAUUUUAUACCUUUUUACAAAGCAUUUAUGAUCUUUCCCUAUAUUCUGGAAUGUACUUUCUAACAGCUAUCAGCAUGGAAAGAUGCAUUUCUGUGCUUUUCCCUCUUUGGUAUCGUAGCCAUCGCCCAAAGACACUGUCAGUAACAAUGUGCAUUUGCCUUUGGAUUCUUGGAUGCUCAGAAAGUCUCACAGUAAACUUAGCAUGUCCUGAUAAUGAUUUUCGUAAUCAGACAGAAGUUUGUACAGGAGUGCAGAUUAUGAGAUUCACUUUAAGCAUUUGCAUCUGUCUGCCACUAAUGAUCCUUUCUAGUGUCACUCUGCUAAUUGCUAUAAAGAAGACCUUUAGGAACAGAUACCCAUCAAGGCUUUAUAUCAUUAUUAUUGCUGCAGUCUUCAUUUUCAUUUUGUCUGUGAUACCAUUCAACUUUCUCUGGUUUCUAAUGUACUUCAGACUUUUGCCUUCAAUACAAGAUACUCUUGGUCUUUACUUUGUCAGUAUACUAACUGCAGCUCUCAGUUCUACUGCCAAUCCAUAUAUUUACUUCAUUGUCGGAAGACUGUGGAAACAGAAAUCCAGUCAAUCAAUUCGCGAUGUUCUUCAUAGAGCCUUCAAGGCACAAGAGGAUGAAAAGGAAGAAAUAAAAUGUGAAAAAGAAAAUACUUCAUCAUCAAACAAUAGCAAUGCAAGAAACAGCACUUCCAGUGACAGCCAUAGAACAGAUAAUUCAAAUUACACCAAUACAGAAAAUAUCUUGUGA